AAAAGAUGGGGCCAUGCUGUGGGACUACAUUUCCCAAUAGACUUUGCGGUCCACGAGGAAGGGGUUAUGGGGCUAUCGACCUUGGAGUUUGACGUAGAGCAGCAUGGCGAGCAAGGAGCCGAAUCGCUUGGUCCAGCACCUAAGGGAUCUGGCAGGUCGAAUGUCUUCAUCUGGUGGCAGAGGGGCAGGAUUAGGACUGAAGCUGCUGCUCGGAGCUGGUGCUUUGGCAUAUGGCAUUAAAGAAGCCACCUACACAGUGGAGGGUGGUCACAGAGCCAUCAUCUUCAACAGGAUUGGAGGGAUGCAGAUGGACACUAUUCUGGCUGAGGGGCUGCAUUUCAGGAUCCCAUGGUUCCAGUACCCUAUCAUAUAUGAUAUCCGAGCCAAACCCAGGAAGAUCUCCUCAUUGACAGGCAGCAAAGAUCUACAGAUGGUGAACAUAGCAGUGCGAGUGUUGUCCAGACCUCUAGCGUCCAACCUGCCCGUCAUGUACCAACAGCUGGGGAAGGACUAUGACGAGAGAGUCCUGCCCUCCAUUGUCAACGAAGUCCUCAAGUCUGUGGUGGCAAAGUUUAACGCCUCACAGCUCAUCACACAGAGAGCGCAGGUGUCAUUGCUGGUGCGCAGGGAGCUGUUUGAGAGAGCCAAAGACUUCAACAUCAUUCUUGAUGAUGUAUCAAUUACUGAGCUGAGCUUCAGCAGCCAGUACACUGCUGCUGUUGAGGCCAAGCAAGUUGCCCAGCAAGAGGCCCAGAGAGCCCAGUUCUAUGUGGAGAAAGCCAAACAGGAUCAGAGACAGAAGAUUAUCCAGGCUGAAGGAGAGGCUGAAGCUGCCAAAAUGCUGGGCCUAGCAGUGACUAAGAACCCAGGGUACCUGAAGCUGAGGCGAAUCAGAGCAGCACAGAACAUUGCAAAGACGGUGGCAUCAUCGCAGAACAAGGUGUACCUUAAUGCUGACAGUUUGGUCCUGAACCUACAAGACCAGUCUUUUUUUAACAACAUGUCACUGGCCCAAAAGAAGUGAAGAGCAUAUGAAGAGAGACAGUAGAAAUAUCAUCUUCAUCUGAACAGUCUCUGUUUUGCUUGUGGCAUAGAGAAUCAACAUACAUGAACACUGGAUAAGUAUGAAUGUGAACAGGAAAAAAGGUUUUUUGUUUUGCAAGUGGCCUCUAUUAUCCUUGAAGAUUGUCAAUUAAUUAUUAAAGUGGAACAAAACCAAGAUGCCAUUUCAACUUUACUAUUAAAAAAUCUGAUGUCAAAUAGCACACAAUCAAUUAACCGGGAAGAUGGACACAUUCUUUUUAGAAAUAAGAAUCAAUGCAACAAUUAUACAAAGUAAUUUAUGUCUAUAUGUAUUCAUGCAGCCACCAGUGUUGUCUGUCUGUUAAUAAACUUUUAUAAGUCAA